AUGGUGUGCUAUUCCCACGCGUCUCUCGGGCUAGCUGUAAACAAAGCAUUGACGACGCGACGACCUCAGGAAACACCAAGAGCAUGGCAAGGACAUCUGCGAGAAAGAAAUUUACACCGAGGAAAGCCGGCGAAACGGCUCCAGCCGUCACCACAAGCGCUAAGUUGCGCAAGAAAUCUGGAUUUACCCAUCUACAUCGACGAUGAUGAUACAGCUCCACCAGAAACAGGACUCGGCUCAUCUUCCAAGAAAGACAAGCCCCUUGCGAGCUCUAGUGACUAUGGAGGAUCCAGCGACAAUGAGGAUCUGGUUGCUGCGGCUGCCCAGGUGGAAUUGAUGCGGUCGUGGGUGGAUUGCGGGAUACAAAUGGCGACAAAGGAGAUGGAAGCCGAGAGACUUGGUGGAAGACUCGGUGAAGAGGAUUGCGAUCCAAACCGCGCUACGAGCGGAAGUUCUCAAGCCCCAAUGCCGCAAUCAAUCCAACCUCCCCGAACCCCGAUCACCCAGAUAUAUCGACACAAUACGGGCUAUGCAACCCCUUUACAAAGCGAAAUAUCGCAUUCUCAAUACUACAACGGUGUGCCACAGUACCAGUCAAUGGGCACUCUACAAACAUACCCAGCCGCUUCCAUCCUACCUUACUCACAGACAUACCCUACGCCACAACACAAAAUAGCAUAUGCCCCUCCUAUCCAUCUAACCCCACAUAAUUCUCUACCCCCGACCUACUACGCUACCCCACCAACGUCCCAGCCACCAUUUUUGCAAAACCCAGCCUUCUGUAGCUCCUCAGCUCCUCCUCAGUCGAGCCCAACUCCUCAGCCUUAUGCAGGAGCAGCCUUCCAUACAGACUCGAUAUCUCAGUCAUCUGGAUUCGCGCCCCCGAAUCGACAACCACUUAAUCCUGCUUCUACCAAUAUUCAAACCCCCACUUCCGAUCCCAAGAGUAGAUUAAGAGAGCGGCCUUUCGUUCUUCCUCCAGGCCAAUAUCUGUCUUGGCAUGAACUAGAACAGUACUAUGGACCAGCGCGACAGAACUUCCCACAUGACGAUGCCUACAAAUCAGCGCGGCUUGACUGGGUCCAGAAGAUCAAAAUAAACGAGCCCCCUUUCAAUCAUCCAUGGAUUGCAGAAUACAAGAAACAAGAGGUGGAGGAUACCUGGGCAGGAAUACCAGCAACGAAACGGAACCAUAUUGAAAUGCUCGCUCUGGCAUCUAAAUACCGGACUAUGGUCCAGGCUCCCUGCCGAGAAGUUCCCGCUUAUGCUCUCCCACUUUCUUUCAUGGCUCUCGAAGCCCAGUACUUCAGUAUCCCUGAGAGAAAACUGGCCAGCGACGUAGACACUAUACGAAAAAGAUCGACCUGGCUCACGGACCUUGGUCUCUUCGAACCCAUCUACUACCUUCUGUGUUCUAACCACGAACAAGAACUUUUCCUUGAAAAUACGUAUAACAAACUGUCCGUCGUGAAGCGAAGGGCUAUCGAAGCAAAAGCCAAGUAUUUAAACGUGAUGCUCAAUCCUCCCAAACCGCUCUUCAAAGAAUUCGAAGAGCAGUAUUCGAUCCACAAGGAAGAAGACUUCGGACGGAAGCCCGAGCACAAAACCAAGCGUGGCGACUGGCUUCGAGCAAUAGGACUGGACUUUGAGCCCUUCUGCUGGUAUCCUUACACCACGACCGAAUUCGGCGUUGCGCAGUCCGAGAGAACAGAAGUCGCUUGGAACGAUCUCGGGCUCGCAAAACGUCGAGAACUGGAAUCUAAAGCAGCGGAAUACAAAAGCUCUCAAACAUGGGGUUUAUCCUGGGGUCAGAUAGAAGACAGAAUCGGGUUCACGCCUGGCGAUGGCGAGAAGUGGACGCGAUGGCUAGCGGCUAUUGGUAUGGGUAGAGCCUUGAAAUCCAACGAGACUCGCGAUGGUGUUUGGCAGAUGAAAUUGCGGGCUGAUAGACAGGCUAUCUAUCGGCUGGCUGCUGUUCAGAAGAAAGAAAUUCAGGCUAGGUGGGAAGCGAGGCAGGUGGUGCAGGCGCGGGCGCAGGCUCAGGCGAGCAAGCAGUCAAAGGUGAAGGCAAAGGCGGGUACGAAGCCUGCUAAGGUUUCGAAGGUGGGGAAGAGCAGUAGAUUUCCCCGUGGAGGAUAUGCAAGUUAUUCUGAACCGAAUUGGUUAUACAGUCGAAGUCGGAGGCGACGCUGA